AUGGCGGGGGAGAACUCACUCCAGCCUGGUGAGGAAGUAUAUGUUGAUUUCAGGUUAUUUUUGCUUGAUCAGAUAAAGAGCAAGUACUUGGUUGUUGAAGAUGCUUUUACAAGGAACUUUUGCUUUCAAAGGGAGAUGUCUGGUGCGGUCGGUUUUGAUAAACUUGUCUCUCUAAGGGACUUUACUGAUGCCUCCAGUGGUUAUCUAAUUGAUGAUAAAUGUGUGUUUGGAGCUGAGGUCUUUGUUUGUAAUGGAAGAAGACCCGUACCCCAAGCAGAUUGUCUAUCAAUAAGGAAGACUACUUCACAGAAGUACAAGCAUACUUGGAAGGUUAGGAACUUUUCAAGCUUAGCCGCUCAAUGCUAUGAAGAACGAUUUACGGCUGGAGGCCAGAAAUGGAAGAUAACUCUCUAUCCCGCGGGGAAUGGUGGUGGAGCGGGUACUCAUCUCAGUCUUUUUCUGGCAUUAGCUGAUCCAGAAAAUCUUCCUGAUGGCACCAAAAUAUCUACCAAUUAUUGCCUGCGCGUUGUAGAUCAAAUACAUGGGCCUUGUGUAAGUGGUCGUAUUUUCAGUGGCACUGAUAAGAGUUGGGGUUGGCAACAUUUCAUUACACUGGACCAUUUCAGACGGGAAGACAAAGGGUUUUUGAGGAGGGAUACUUGCAUAGUGGAGGCAGAGCUCACGAUCAAUGGAACUGCUAUGGUACUACGUACCUCAGGCGAAAAUGACACUAACAAUCGGAAAGAUGUCAAUGUCGAAAGAUUUGCUGAGGGAUCACGCACUUUGUGUAAAAAGAAAACUCUUAUGAACUACAUUUUAACUUGGUUCAAUCAGAUGUAA